CCUCACCAGUCUCUUUGUUUGUAAAAACGAAGACAUUUUUUUUAACAACACCCACCUGUGAACAUCCACUCCAAAAAAAAAAGAAAGAAGAAAAUCUGUCAGCGGAUGACACUCUUGAGGAGUCCUGCAGCAAACACACUAGCCUUUCGCAUACUCACACACCACACCACACGCACAUACAUAUAUUCUUCCAUAUCGUUUACCACCAAUGUAUUUCUCCCCCCUCCAAUCUGUCUGUUUUUUUAUAGCGUAGACAAUGUCUGGCUACUGUGGAUUAUUUCUUUGUAGAAUAAUGUUUUUUUUUUUUUGGUAUGAACGAGAUCGAC